AUAACACGUUCUGCGGAUCUUUCCCCCUUUCUUCCUCGCUCUCUCACAUCACUCGCAAGAGAGAAGAAGAGCCAGCCUCGGGCGUCGAUCCCUCUCCCCUCUCUCGUUCCCUCCGGUCUCCAUCUCGAUCUCUUGCGCCGCCACUCGAUCCUCCACGCCCUUCGCUCUACUUUUCGAUUCGAUCUGUUUGAUGCCCAUUUGAGGUCCUCGGGCUACUCUGAUCCCGGCCCGGCGUGGGGAGGUGCGUUCUGGGAUCUCCAGCGUGUGGGAGCCUACGAUUCCAACCGAAUGAGGGAUCCUCCCGGAGGAAGAGGUGACCUGCCGCCUCCGUGGAUCCAUCUUUCGGCGGGCGGCGGCAGGGUCGGGAAUCUGGCGGAUAGGUUCUCUGGGCUCGUCUUGGGCGAUGGACGAAAUGAGGGCGUUCACCAAAUCAUCAAGGCGAUGGAGGAUGCUGAGAGCACCAUCAGGCAACAGUUGGAAGAGAACAACUUAUUAAAGAAUGAAGUCUUGCAAAAAGCACGAGAAUUAGAGAAAUAUAGGUCAGAAGUCAAAUCAUUAAGGCCUGAGGUACCUACAAAUGACCAGGUGGAUUCCUAUAAAACCAGUUAUUCUAAUUAUUCUGCUGGACAUGAAGCAGAGAGGCGAUGGUUAGAAAAUCAUUCACCUUUGAAUCCUCAAGCUAUGCUUGUGCUCCAUCAGAAUGGAGUGGCUGGAACGGAGGAAUCAAAUUUGGAUUCUGGUACUGUUAAUCAGCACACGUAUGGAGGCAACAAGGUUAAUGAUGACCUUAAAAAAUUUCCUGGAGUACAUUCUGGUUUAGAUAGUGCUGGUCCAUCUCAAUACUCUACACCAUCCUCUAGAUCCUUGUCUCCGAGCAGGCAUCAAAAGGAAGGAGGAGACCAAGAUCAGAGGUUCAUUUCAUCUAGAAAUGUUUUGGUGCCAGUGUCUGGUCUCAAUUCUAGUACUCCGUGGAAGCAGGAACUUAUUGUCAAGGUUAGAGAGCAUGAAGAAGAGAUUGCACAGUUAAGGAAGCAUCUUGCUGAUUACUCAGUAAAGGAAUCACAAAUACACAAUGAGAAGUAUGCUCUAGAAAAAAGAAUUGCUUAUAUGCGUAUGGCAUUUGAUCAGCAACAGCAAGACUUGGUUGAUGCUGCAUCAAAAGCUAUUUCAUAUAGACAAGAUAUUAUUGAAGAGAAUAUUCGUCUAACAUAUGCCUUGCAAGCUGCUCAUUCAGAGAAAUCUACUUUUGUAUCCUCUUUGGUGCCUAUGCUGUCAGAACAUGGUCUUCAGCCUUCUGUGGUUGAUGCUCAGACAAUUGUCAGUAAUCUUAAGGUUUUAUUCAGGCACAUGCAGGAGAGAAUGAUCAUUGCCGAGGAAAAGCUGAAAGAGUCUCAGUAUCAGAUAACUCCACUAUAUGCAGAGAUAUCAGAUGCAAACUUUCCUGCACAGUCACCUUUCCACAAAGUCGCACAAGUGGCGGUUUCUAACAAGAAUAGCCUGGAAAUUGUGCCUCAACCAGCAUAUUCACAUGCAAGGUCUCCAAUUUCUUCUCCUAAUUUCCAAACAAAUCAUGAUUGGGAGACAGUUGGGAUCCAAAACCAGCAAGUUGGUCCAAGUAGUAUUCCUGCAAAGGCUCUGGACCAGGACAUUCCUGAAACAACUGGUCCUUCCAUGAGGAGGGAUUACAGCACCUCCCAGGAUGUUUCAUCCCAAACAAAUCAAGGGGAAACUUUUUCUGUUGAAUCUAAAAGCCAGACAUCUUUCAAAGACCCUGUUAGAAGUUCCCAAACUGAUGACCCAGAACCAACUGCUCACCAUGGAAAAGAACCUUCUGUUCAUUGGGCUCCUGGAAACUCACCUUACAUGAGUACAGGACAGGAUGAACCAAAUGCUUAUUCUUACCUUCCUACUGUCCUCGAGGAGCCUAAUUCUUCAUUCUCUGAAGCUGAUGAUGAUCCACUGCCAGCCAUAGAUGGUCUUCGAAUUUCUGGUGAUGCUUAUCCUGGAUGUGAACUUCAUGCAAGUGGGUACUCGAUCAACGGAACAACAAGUUGUAAUUUUGAGUGGGUACGAUAUUUAGAAGAUGGCUCUGUUAAGUACAUUGAAGGAGCAAAACAACCUGACUAUCUAGUUACUGCCGAUGAUGUGGACUCAUACCUUGCUAUUGAAGUCCAACCUCUGGAUGACAGGAAGCGGAAGGGUGAACUUGUAAAGGUUUUUGCCAAUGAUCAAAGGAAGAUAACUUGUGAUCCUGAAAUGCAAGAGAAAAUUAAGAGAACUUUGACUAAUGGGCAUGCAACUUAUGAUGUAUCAUUAUCGACUAGAUAUCUUGAUAUAUGGGAAACUGCAAUUUUGGCAAUAAAGAGAGAAGGCUAUAGCAUAAAAUGUAUUGGAUCACGUGGUGGUGUUGUUACAGAGAAGUUUCAGCAAAAUACCACAAUCUCCAUUCCGUAUGGACAUCCCACAGAAUUUCUAAUUCAGGAUGCUAGCGGGGAUUAUCUACUAAAAACAGAAGAGAGUAGUGUGUCGAGAGAUACCAUUGUUCUGACAUUGAGAUUAUUCAUAGUGAUGGCUGGUGAGAAAAGAAAAGGGAAGAAAAAGAGUAUAUUUUUCAAGUAGAAUUUACUAACAAACCAAAGGAUUGAUGUAUAUUUGUUUUUGUUUUUUAUUCUUUUUAUCCUUUUGGUGUUGUACUCGGUGUACGCAAGUGAAUUGCUAGAAGGUAAUCACUCUGUGCUGCCAUUGUGUAAAAUUUAUUUAUCUAUUUUAUUUUAGCGAGAGGAAGCUUUCUCAACUUAAA